AUGAAAUCAUUCACCCACAGACUUGUGCGGGUUUUAUUCAGAAUAGCCGCUCUUUGUUCCUUAGUCGCAAGUUAUGAAGUGCGCUCUGUUAACACGGCAUGGGGUGUUGUGAGAGGAGAGCUGGUGCACCCGGAUGGAGCCGAUCUGGCACCCGUCACACAAUUUCUUGGUGUACCCUACGGUGUAGCUCCUUCCGGACAGUUUCGCUUCAAUAUGGCUAUAUCAGCUGCAAAAUGGACGCAUCUGCCCAAAGAAGCCCGAAAACUGGCUCCAGCCUGUAUUCAAACACAACUUCCUGAACUCAGUGAAACAAGAAGUUAUGAAGUGCGCUCUGUUAACACGGCAUGGGGUGUUGUGAGAGGAGAGCUGGUGCACCCGGAUGGAGCCGAUCUGGCACCCGUCACACAAUUUCUUGGUGUACCCUACGGUGUAGCUCCCUCCGGACAGUUUCGCUUCAAUAUGGCUAUAUCAGCUGCAAAAUGGACGCAUCUGCCCAAAGAAGCCCGAAAACUGGCUCCAGCCUGUAUUCAAACACAACUUCCUGAACUCAGUGAAACAAGGUUACGAUUUGAUUCUUGA